AUGUCAUUCCGCGAUACAGGACAUGCUAAGAAGAAUCAGGCGCGUACGGGUUGGGAGCAAUCUGAAUUCCCCAUCCUCUGCGAGACUUGCCUGGGCGACAACCCCUACGUCCGGAUGACCAAAGCCGACUUCGACAAGGAGUGUAAGAUGGAGGCCUGGCGCGAAGGCGCGCUUCAAGAAGACGGAAGACUGCCGGUGCAAGUGAGGGACAGCCAGCUCACGGGCGACGUCCAGCAGAUCCCGCUCUCCGAGGCCAACCGGGAGUACUUUGCCGACCAGGCCGAGCGCCAGAUCGCGUCGGGCCAGCUCGACCUGCAGGCCGUCCACAGCCAAGUGCACGACACGCUCCGCCGGCUCACCCGCCCCACGCCCUACUACAAGCGUAACGAGGCCCACGUGUGCUCGUUCUUCCUGAAGGGCAACUGCACCCGCGGCGCCACGUGUCCCUACAGGCACGAGGUCCCGGAGAACAAGGGCGACCUCAACCAGCAGAACCUCAAGGACCGGUACUACGGCGUGAACGAUCCGGUGGCGCGCAAGAUGCUCAAGCGGGCCAGCGAGAUGCCCGGCCUCGCGCCGCCCGAGGACAAGAACGUGCGCACGCUCUACCUCGGCAACGUCCAGUCCUACAUCACCCAGCAGGACAUCCACGAUUCGUUCUAUGGUUACGGAGAGCUUGAGUCGGUGCGCGUGCUGACCGACAAGAUGUGCGCCUUCGUGACCUACACGACGCGGGAGGCGACCGAGAAGGCGGCCGAGGCCACCUUCGGCAAGCUCACCAUCAAGAACAUGCCCAUCCGCGUCUCGUGGGGCCGACCCCAGGCAGCCAUGGGAGGUGCGCCGCCUCCGGGUUUGCCGCCGCCGCCUCCGGACUACUUCAUGCCCUCCAUGGCCUCGUGGGGUCCACCCGUCGGUGGCAUCGCUCCUCCGCCCGGCGUGGCCCCUCCCCCGGGCAUCGCCCCGCCUCCCGGCCUCGCGCCUCCCACCGGCCCUGGCGGCUAUGCUCCAUUGCCGCACGGCUAUCCCGGGGCGUCGGCUCCCUCGGUGCCGCUCUCGGCCUACUACCCGUCCAUGGAUCCGCUUCGCAUGGGCUCUCGCCCCAACGAUGUAGUGCUCAACCCGUCCGAUAGCACUAAGCAGAGCUGA